AUGAAGGUUCUGACGUUGCCUCCCGCCAUAGCCACGUUCGUUAUAGUGGUCCUCGGCGAGGAGAAUCUUUCAGCGCGGAAAGAGGCGGCUCUUGCGGCGGAGAUAAAGCGCCUCAAGAAGGAGGCGAAUCGGCUGAACACCCCCAGCACCUUCUCUCGCUCUGCACUUCUAACUCGCACUGCCACUGCCAAGGAGAAAGAGCUGAACGCCUUGAAGGCGCAGCCAUCCCGUAUCUGGUGGACGCUGAUUCGCUUUGUCCUCCCAUACACCAUACAGGCAUGCGCCUAUGUGCUGCUGGUGCUCUCGUUCCGCUCCAAGCCCGUUGUCAUUCUGCCGGUGGACGUCGUCUAUCCAUUCGGCCUGACGGCCAUCCCCCCGGCUGUUCUGCACCUCUCAGAACUCUCCGACCUCUCUCUGGCCGGCAAUCAAAUCAAAUCCAUCCCUCCUGAGAUCGCCAACCUGUCCAAACUGCGCCGGCUGGGUCUAGCAGGCAACAGGCUGCAGCGGCUGCCACCUGAAAUCGGCCAUCUGACGCAGCUGGAGGGGCUGUGGCUUCACGGGAACCUGCUUCACGAGCUCCCAGACGAGAUCGGCCACCUCACAGCGCUGCGCUUCCUGGCUCUCGCAGGCAACCAGUUGACGCGGUUACCACACACGCUGGGCAGGUUGACGGCACUGCAGGUGCUGUCCGUCGCUGGUAACCAGCUCGAAGAGUUACCACAAAGCAUCGGGUCGCUCGCCUCUCUAAGGGUCCUAGCUGCCUACGGCAACGCUCUCACAGCCCUACCACCCUCCAUCACCCACCUCUCCUACCUUCAGGAGCUCUUUCUUCAAGGCAACCGCAUAUCCUCCCUCCCUCCGCUCUCUCUGCGCUCCCUCCGCCAACUCUCACUUGCCGACAACUGCCUGUCAGCCAUCCCACAAGGCACGCUAGCACAGCUGCCCUUUCUUGAAUCUCUCUGGCUCUACGGCAAUUCUAUCGCUCACCUGCCACCAGACCUAGCAGACUGCUCUCGCCUUGCCAACCUCUGGCUCGAGGGCAAUCCUCUCUCGCUCUCCCACACCAGUCUCUCCGACACCUUUCAUCGAAUCAAGACUGUGGGGGUAGACUCGCAGCAGCUGGUACCAUCACAGGGCAUGCAGCCACCUCUUCCAAGCAACGUGCUUGUCAGCCGGCUGGCAGGGACUGGGGCAGCGCAACGAGACGGUGGCUAUUUCAAGGUGCAGCCAUGGCAGCACGUAAAUUCUGCGUCAGAGGCAGAGGGCCACCGCUCUGAAGUGCUGGUUGUGGCCUUUGGCAGCGCUCCAGCCGUGCCCAACUGGGCGGGGCUGCUGCGCAAGGUGAAGGGAGACAUGGGUCUCACAGCAGCCAUGGGAGGAACCACCACACCCUUUGACACACUCUACGUCGUCGAUUCCACCCGCUCCUGGUACACGCAUGCUCCCCUCUCCACACUCACAUCAGCAGCAAGCAAUGCGAACCUGGCGCCACCUCCUAUGCUCUCUCAUGUCGGUGCCUUCUCCAUGAACCAAGGCUCGACUGGUUGA